UGUGAAUGCGAGUACUCCUUUCUCUCAUUGUUUGAGUGACUGCAGGUAUUGGUGUCUGCCUCUGAACGUGCGCGCGCGUGUGUGUGUGUCUGGGAGUGUGUGUGUUGGAGAGGGAAAGAGAUCAAAAGAGAGAGUGAGGCGAGCAGUGUUUCUUUUCCCCCUCUAGCCUCCCCGUCUCCCUGCUCCCUGUCACUCCGUUCUUCCUCCCUCCCGGACCACCCUGCCUCCAGUCGGAUAGACCCUGGACCUCCCCAGGACCCUUCUCCCAUCACCCCUUUGACUCUCCUCACUUCUCCGACCCGCUUUGUCAACUGAGCAGUUUUUCCAACGAAUCCAAUAUAAACCUGAAGAGGAACAUAUUAUUGGACACUGUUAUACCAUUCGAAGUGGUCACCAAGGAAGCAUUGCUCAGGUGGAACGGCACUGGACAGACAGAAGUCUCCCCAGUCCUCUGGAAGGUUGACAGCACAAGGUCACAUGACCUGGAAGAGAAAACCCAGGAGACUUUUGGGAUCCCUUUUUGAAUGGGCCGGUUAUCAACCUGGAAACAAGUCUAAAGACUGAUGAACUGAUCUGCACGGAGACGCAGCUGUGCUCGGUCGUCCCCUCUGCUCUCUGCCAAACGGCUCCAUUAAUGCCCUGAGAACCCACGACCUAGCGCAACUCUGGUGACUGGCCGGCUUCUGUACCAUCACACUCCUCCCAUUCCUGAGGAAACCCUCUUCACGACCACACUCCUCCUCUCUUCACCUCCACUCCCAUUAUGGAACCCAACAAAGUCCAGCCAGAGGGCGGCCUCAAUGUCACCCUCACCAUCCGCCUCCUCAUGCACGGCAAACUGGCUGCCGGUGACUCAGCUGCUGUCCUUCUGGGUGAUGCUGAGUGCAUGUGACCAUGGAGGAGAGGAGGUUGGAAGUAUUAUUGGCAAGAAAGGGGAAACAGUGAAGAAAAUGCGCGAGGAGAGCGGAGCACGAAUCAACAUCUCUGAGGGCAACUGCCCCGAGAGGAUCGUCACCAUCACCGGCCCAACAGACGCCAUCUUUAAGGCUUUUGCCAUGAUUGCCUAUAAGUUUGAGGAGGAUAUAAUCAAUUCCAUGAGCAACAGUCCAGCCACCAGCAAGCCCCCUGUCACUCUGCGUCUGGUGGUGCCAGCCAGCCAGUGUGGAUCUCUCAUUGGGAAGGGAGGUUCCAAGAUAAAGGAGAUGAGAGAGUCCACAGGGGCACAGGUUCAGGUGGCAGGGGACAUGCUGCCUAACUCCACAGAGCGUGCCGUGACAAUCUCUGGGACCCCUGAAGCCAUAAUCCAGUGUGUCAAACAAAUCUGUGUGGUCAUGCUGGAGUCCCCACCGAAAGGUGCCACCAUUCCCUACCGCCCAAAGCCCGCCUCCACCCCCGUCAUUUUUUCAGGUGGCCAGGCCUACACAAUUCAGGGACAAUAUGCCAUCCCACACCCAGAUCAGUUGACCAAGCUCCACCAGUUGGCUAUGCAGCAAACCCCCUUUACCCCCCUCGGACAGACCACCCCUGCUUUCCCUGGUUUGGAUACCAGCCCCCCGGCCAGUACUCAUGAACUCACAAUUCCAAAUGAUCUAAUAGGCUGCAUAAUCGGGCGCCAGGGAACCAAAAUCAACGAGAUCCGCCAGAUGUCUGGGGCGCAGAUCAAAAUCGCUAACGCCAUGGAGGGUUCGUCGGAGCGCCAGAUCACCAUCACGGGAACCCCCGCCAACAUCAGCCUUGCCCAGUACCUCAUCAACGCAAGGUUCAGGGACGUGGCUGCCAUGUGGAAUGACCCGUCAUCAAUGACAACAUCCUGAGGCCCAAAUCUGGUUCCACUAUGAAGAAGCUAACAGCAGCAACUGUCUCCCCAAUAACCCCAUGUAUACUCCCACAGAACUUAAUGGCUACCUGAUUCCUUUAGCACUUGACACUUAAGCUUUAGCAGCUUUGAAGAGGCUAAAGAGGCUAUUUGUAAAGCAAAGUGAAAAAAUUUGACUUGAAUUCUGUUCAUGUAAUGUAAAGAGUUACGUAUAGUGUUUCAGCAUGCCGAAUGCUUAGGAUAAUUGUUACAUUCUUUUUCUGUUCGCUAGGUCAGAGAUAAGUUUGCAGAUUCAAUCUUGUAGUUAAUUGUCAGGCAAGUAAAAACGGAUAAAAAGUGAAAAACAAAAAAAUAUUGCUAUUCAGAUUGCUACUGAGCAAUGCUAUUGGCCAUGAGUCUCGAGUGAUGUGAUGCGUUUGUGAAGAGAUAUUGUUGCAUCAAAUUUGGAAUGAAAAGGAAGUGCUUUUUAUGUAAAUAGUAAGGAGCUUUCGGAGGUUCUCCUUUUUGCAGGGAGACUUAAAUUAUUAAGUCAACAACUUUCAUUGUGAUAGAGGACUACGUUUGAACUCACACUAUUCGUAGUUCAAGACACUUAGAUGCAGGUUUUUCAAUUAGGGAAAAUCCAGAAUUAGCAAAAAAAUUUGGAUUGGUUUUUAUCAAAGUGCAUCAUAAAAUCCAUAUGCAUGACCAAAAAACAAUAGUAAAUGUAACAUGGAGACCUAAAAGCCAGAAUUCUGCAGAGUUUCACUGUUGUGCGAAAGUGUCCAAUCUCAGAAUAGUUUUUUUCUCUCUUUUUUCUCGCUUUUUCCUUCACCCUUCCCUUCUCCCCUCUUCCGUAACUAUUCUAGGCUGACGUCUGAGGUCACUGGAAUGUGAACACUAAUUUCUACCCAUCAUUCUUCACUGCAUCACACGACCCUUGUGCCAAUGGCAUUGCACGUUUAUUUUUGUUCUCUGUAUUUAUCUGUCCUGCGCCUUUAAGUGAUCCUAACUAAUUUAUUAUAUGUAAAGUAAACAUGAUACCCACACUGUUAACAUGAUUCUCCUCACCUGCCCUCAACCGACUACUCAAAGGACACUUUAUUUUUUGGCAUUAUCAUGUGUUUUACUGUGAAUUCAGUUUAUUUAAUAAUUUUAAAACACAGCUAUCGUGUCUAUGCUCAUGAUAUAUGCAGGGUUCGAGAGAGACUAACCAUCCCAGAAUUGUCCCGAAGUGCAAUUUCAAACGCCCCAAAAAGAAAAUAAACUGUCCCAAAUUAAAA